GAAAACCAGUUGUGAUCUGCCCAGUAAACAAGCGGCAGUGCAGGGCCAGGCUCCGCCUUUGGUGUGUCCAGAGUCUUGGGAUGGAAAAGGAAGCAGACACUCUGCAGUCCAUUUCCUGAAGCUCCAGUCCACCCAGCUGUUCUGUGGGGAGCAGCCCCAGAGCCUGGAGCAGCCACGAUGGCCCAAGGGCUAGAGGUGGCCCUUUCAGACCUCCGGAGCUCCUGGAACAAUGUGUACCACCACACCGAGGACAUCAGUGUGGACCACCUCCUCGUUCGCAGGGGCCAAGCCUUCAACAUUACCCUGUACUUCAGAAACCGUGGCUUUCUGCCAGUCGUAGACAACAUCAUCUUUGUGGUUGAGACUGGACCCCUGCCAGACCUGGCCAAAGGGACUCGGGCAGUGUUCAGCUUGGGGAAACAUGGUGGGCCCCGCUCCUGGAUCGCCUUGCCGGAGAUGCAGGGGGACACCUCCCUGGAAGUGAGCCUGUGUGCCCCACCCAUGGCAGCUGUGGGUCGGUAUGUGCUGAAAGUUCACAUCAAUUCCUUCCAGGGAACUGUCUCCGCCUACCAGCUUGGGGAGUUCAUCCUACUCUUCAAUCCCUGGUGUCCAGGGGAUGCCGUCUACUUGGACAGUGAACCCCAGAGGCAAGAAUACGUUGUGAAUGAUUAUGGCUUCAUCUACCAGGGGAACAAGAACUGGAUUCGCCCAUGUCCAUGGAACUAUGGACAGUUUGAAGACAAUAUCAUAGACAUCUGCCUGGAGCUGCUAGACAAGAGCCUGAACUUCCAAAUCGACCCUGCCACAGACUGCGCCUUACGGGGAAACCCUGUCUACAUCAGCAGAGUGGUGUGUGCCAUGGUGAGGUCCCCAAAGUGCCAGGAGGGAGGAAGCCAGAUCAAUAGCAACGAUGACAAUGGUGUGCUCAACGGAAACUGGAGUGAGAAUUAUCUAGAUGGUGUCAACCCUGCCGAGUGGACCGGUAGCGUGGCCAUCCUAAAGAAGUGGCAUGCCACAGGCUGCCAGCCAGUGCGCUAUGGGCAGUGCUGGGUCUUUGCUGCUGUCAUGUGCACAGUGAUGCGGUGCCUGGGGAUCCCCACUCGUGUGACCACCAACUUUGACUCUGGCCAUGACACUGAUGGCAACCUGAUCAUAGAUGAGUACUACGACAGCACAGGCAGGAUUUUGGAGAACAAGAAGAGAGAUACUGUCUGGAACUACCAUGUUUGGAAUGAGUGCUGGAUGGCCCGGCAGGACCUCCCCCCUGGAUAUGGAGGCUGGCAGGUGCUGGAUGCCACCCCUCAGGAGACCAGCAAUGGGCUUUACUGCUGCGGCCCUGCCUCAGUCAGAGCCAUCAAAGAAGGCGAAGUGGAUCUGAACUAUGAUACACCCUUCGUAUUUGCCAUGGUGAAUGCUGACUGCAUGUCCUGGCUUGUCUAUGGGGGGAAGGAACAGAAACUUCACCAGGACACAACUUCCGUUGGCCAUUUCAUCAGCACUAAGAGCAUCCAGAGUGAUGAACGGGAUGACAUCACGGAGAACUACAAGUAUGGAGAAGGUUCCCCCGAAGAGAGGCUGGUGUUUCAGAAGGCUCUACAGAAGCUGAGGGCUAGGAGGUCCCAAGGUGCCUUCCGGGCUGAUUCACAACCCUCCAGGCCCAUGUCACAGAGCUGGAACAGCCAUCGGAGCCUGAAUAUACCCUCCCAUCGACCCAGUGAUGUUGUUCAAGUCUCUCUCAAAUUCAAGCUACUCGACCCACCCAACAUGGGCCAGGACAUAAACUUUGUCCUGCUGGCCCUCAACAUGUCAUCCCAGUUCAAGGAUCUCAAAGUGAACCUGAGUGCCCAGUCACUGCUGCACGAUGGCAACCCCCUGCCCCCAUUCUGGCAGGACACAGCUUUCAUCUCCCUGUCUCCUGACGAAGAGAAGACCUACACCUGCAAAAUCCCCUACUCCCAAUACAGCCAGUACCUGUCCACCGACAAGCUGAUUCGCAUCAGUGCCCUGGGUGAAGAGAAGAGCAGCCCUGAGAAAAUCCUGGUGAACAAGAUCAUCACCCUGACUUACCCAGGCAUCACAAUCAAUAUUCUAGGUGCAGCCAUCAUGUACCAGCCUCUCUCCAUACAAGUGAUCUUUUCAAACCCCCUCUUGGAGCCCGUGGAAGACUGUGUGCUGACCUUGGAAGGAAGUGGCCUCUUUAAGAAGCAGCAGAGAAUCCUCAUCGGAGUCCUCAAACCCCAUCACAAAGCCACCAUCACUGUGAAGACUAUCCCCUUCAAGAGUGGCCCGAGGCAGAUCCAGGCGAACCUAAGGAGCAACAAGUUUAAGGACAUCAAAGGUUACAGGAAUCUGUAUGUAGACUUCGCAUUAUAAAUUCUGGGACAAACAGAUUUUUAAACUUCAAGUUUGAGUGUGAGCUGUGCACAAAAGGAGAAUCCAGCAAUGGCCCAUGGCCUGGGCCAUCUGCACAGCCCUCCCAAGACUUUUCAGCAUUCAUGGGUUCCCAUACAGAUGUGUGAUUUGGCACAGAGGUCAGAGGACAGUGGUUGGGUUUGGCCGUCACCGACCAGCUGAGCACCUCAUGCAAUGCUAAUUCCCAGUACUAAUAAACUUCAGUCCUUUCUCUCA